UCGAGCCUACAGACAAAGUUGAAAGAAUCAAGGAAAGAGUUGAGGAAAAGGAAGGAAUACCUCCACCACAACAAAGACUCAUCUUCUCUGAGGAGGAAUCUAAGUUACAGAAACAAUCCAAUUAGGACAGAAAAAACAAGGUAGUCCAAGAUGCCUAAGAAUAAAGGAAAGGGAGGAAAGAAUAGGAGGAGAGGAAAGAAUGAGAAUGAGGGCUUGAAAAGAGAAUUGGUCUUCAAGGAGGAUGGACAGGAAUAUGCACAGGUGACCAAGAUGCUUGGGAACGGUAGACUGGAAGCGAUGUGCUUCGAUGGCGUGAAACGUCUGUGUCACAUCAGAGGAAAGCUGAGGAAAAAGGUCUGGAUCAAUCAGUCGGAUAUUGUGCUGAUAGGUCUGAGAGAUUAUCAGGAUGCCAAGGCUGAUGUUAUCCUCAAGUAUUCAGCUGACGAGGCGAGAAACUUGAAAUCCUACGGAGAGUUUCCUGAGUCCGUUAAGAUCAACGAGACUGUCGACUUCGUCGGCGGGGAUAUGGAUGACGAUAUCGAGUUCGACGACGUCGAUAGCGAUGACAGCGGAAGCGACGACAACCUGGGCGAUGAUAUUGACGGUAUUUAACUGAAAAUAUGACCGCUAGGUGUCUCCUUUAUCCAGAUGAAAA